CUACAUUCACUCCUGUGAGGGAAACUUGCAUUUUUGUGGACCUGCAGGCCACUUGUGAAUGAUGUGGUCCAUUGUAGUGAUCCUGUGAAAAGCGAUAUGUGUUUAUCUGUUUAUCGAUUUCUUCUUCAUUCCACACUUUGCAGCGUUUUGUUGUUUGUUUUCUGUGGCGCCUGGUAGGAAAAAGUAUAUUUUCCUGAUACUGAUUGUACUGAGCGUUUGCGCCUAAUUACGCCUUGUGCGAUAGUCCACACCGUUGUGUACAGCCCUCAACUUACAGGUAGCGAUCUGAUCAAGGCAUCAGGCCCAGUUUGCAUCAUUUCUGAACCGAGGAGUGCUCAUUCCAGCGGAGUGUUGUCGAGUAUUGUUAUCUUUUUAGCAGUGAUUUUAUUUGCAAACUGUUGACAAAUUCAUGUGGGUCAAAUCGUUAGCAUGAUUCACGCGGCAGUGAAGCAUCCGUUUUUCUUAAUUGAAUCGCAGCGCAUUGCUGUGCAUGUGUUGUCUCGGUGAGAGUUUGAGACUGUUGCCGUGUUGCGGAUUGUGGAAAUUUAGGGGAGAAAUAGAAUUGUUCUGGUAAUUCUCUCCGUGAAACGACGCUGCUACAAGGAUGGCGCACCGUAAAAGCAGUGAUGGCUGGCAACAUCAUGAGCCCGAUUUAAUAUCCAGCACUUUAUCGCUCACUCCGGCUGAAGAAACAGCACUAGAAGAAUUCACAUUGAAAGCCAACCAGUGGCGUUUGACGGAUGACAACGGUCAGCUGAUGCAGCAGCUGGCCCGGGAACGAGACGCCAGCAAUCAGCAGCAGCCGCAACAUUCCGAAAUUCCCCACGUUCACCACCAUCCCAGCCUGGCAAUUAAUAACUUGAUCAGUAAACCGCAUCCCCACGUCGGAGUUAUCUCCAAGGCCAUGGCGUUAAAGUUUCUCAUGGCUCGCAAAUUCGACGUCGCCCGGGCAUUGGAAUUAUACCGGCAGUACCAGAUUGUUCGUCACACAGUUGGAUUAAAUGGUUUGGACCCGCACAGUGAGCCACUGCGUUCGGAGCUCUACAGCGGACGGUUUACUGUGUUGGAUGCUAAGGAUCUCCAAGGUGCCACAAUCGGUGUACUGACCGCACGGCUGCACAACCCGGAAACGAAGCCUGCUACGGAGAAGGAGCGAACGGUUACGAUGCAGGCCGUGCUUUUUCAGCUGGAUGCAGCCUUGGCUAGUCGCGAAACCCAGCGCAACGGAUUGACAUUAGUGUACGACAUGAUGGGCGUACGAUGGCUCACUGCCGACCUGCGUUUCGCCAAGCACUUGUUGAGCAUUUUAAAGGGUGGGUUUCCGGCACGCUUGAAGAAAAUCCUGAUCGUUGACCCGCCAAGCUGGCUGAGCAUUCCACUGAGCGUAAUUCGGCCGUUCAUCACGCCCAAGAUGUUGGAACGGAUAUAUCUCAUCAAUCGAGUGCAGUUACGGGAGCAUAUUGCGCCUCACAGCAUCCCUGAGUCGCUGGGCGGCACACUGCGGCAUGAUCAUGCGCACUGGAUCGGGCUCUGCGUCAAGAGGAACGUUAAUGAACUGUCCACUGGGGAUCCGCGGAUACCGCCGUUGAAUUUGGAUGGAGGCGUGGAUGUUGAGGGACGGUAUCCGUUCCGCGAUAAUGGACAUUCCGAUCAGAGCCGCGGAAAUGUGGGGAGUGUGGUCAACGGUGGGGGACUGGAGGAGAGCAAAGUGGCCAUGAGCAGCUCGGUGCACCGGCGCAGUGAUAAGGGCAUGGGUGUGGCGCAGUUUGUCCAGCUCAUUCGCUCCAUGGGCAAGGAGGGGAUCCUCCGCGAGUACGACACGCUCAGAGCCGCCGCACGGGCGCUACCGGAUAAAGAGUUUAUUUCCUUCAGGUUAACCGAGAAUCGCGCGAAGAAUCGCUAUGUGGAUGUGCCGUGUUUCGAAGCGACACGCGUUAAACUCGUCCAUGUUCCUGGUGGUGAAGAUUACAUCCAUGCCAACUUUGUCGAUGGAUACGAGGAAAAAAAUGCCUUCAUUUCCACACAAGGACCAAUGCCAAAGACCUUCGGUGAUUUUUGGCUAAUGGUGUGGGAGCAGGAAUGCCGUGUUUUGGUUAUGACGACAAGAACGGUGGAAAGAGGCAAACAGAAAUGUGGACAGUACUGGCCGGUGCAGCCGGGCGAGAGCAUGGAGAUGGGAGAAUUCCAUGUCGUCAAUGAUGGCGUCAAGCAAUUGGCAUACCAUGUGGAGACCACGUUAUUGCUCAAACAUAACAAGUCACGAGAUAGCCGACAAGUGGUGCACCUGCAGUUCACCGACUGGCCGGAUUACGGUGUGCCGUCCUCUGCCUCCUCCAUGUUCGAAUUCAUCCAGGUUAUGCGAUCCAAACAGGAGGAGGCUGUAUGGAGAAUGAAACCAGCCUGGCCUGGACCCGGCUCUGGUCCGCCCAUCCUGGUGCACUGUAGCGCUGGGAUCGGUCGUUCAGGAUCACUCAUGUGCGUAGACAUUUGUCUGCGCCGUCUGGACGAUUGUGGUCUUGUGGAUCUUCAUCAGACCGUGCAGAAACUGCGUGGUCAGCGCUGUCAGAGUAUCCAGAUGCCGGAGCAGUAUCUCUUCUGCUAUCUGGCGCUAGUGGAGUACGCUGUGGACCGCGGAUUGAUCAGUCGCGAGACGGCGGAUCUCGAUUCGCUUCUGCCCUGGCUACAUGAUGAAGCGGACUAAAAUUAAGCGACUGACGCUGUGGUUGGGUAUUAUUCCGCGGUGGCGCUUGAGUCUGCUCGCAGCUUUGCAAAAUGAAAUGCUGUUAUUUUCCGUUGCUUCUUUUGUUUUUAUGGGGGAUGUUUCUUGUUCAGUUUAUAUUUGUUGCUGAAAAAGGUUUUUAUUCGUUGUUUUUACUUUUUCUCUUUGUUUCGGGAUUUGAUUUUCAUUUGCUGCAAGGUUAUUUUUAUAGUUAAUGUGUUGCAGUUUUGACAGAUUGCUGUAGUGAUUUUAAGCGGACUGCUGUUUGUUUUUCCGUUGGAGAUUAGCAUAUUUAUUGUUCAUCUCGUUCAUGAUGUAUGCACAAUUUCACAUCGUAGUUCUAUUAAAAAUACAUCUGAUGCAAA